AUGUCCGCAGAGAGUCAAGAGAAUUUACCCACGCAUCGUUCCCUGAGACGCCGGACCAGUCUGUUCCGCUCUGAGGAGGAUGAAGCCCUGUCCAAGUUCAUUAAUAAUAUCUACAACUACGGCAUACCCAUGAUAGCCGUCUCCGUGCUCGUUUGGAUUGUGGUGGCCAGCUCCGAUGGAAAGUACAUCUAUAGGUAUAUGCCAUUUCCACCCUACAUACUCGUCAUUAUCGUUUACCUCGUGAUGAUGCUGCUCCACUGUUUGCCCAUGAUCGCCCACGUGGCACUCUGCAACUGGAUGUGGGCCAUGGUUGCGUGGCUCUGUACAACACUGGCCGUUUGUUGUGUGUUGCACAACUUUAGCGUGUUGACGCUGCUCUUGCUGCUCGCCCUCUCUGUGGUGCUGCUUUUGGUUCUUAACUUUUCGGGUGCCAAGUGUCCUGUCGAAUUCCUGCCCGGCGGAGUUAUCUCCAGUGGCUUUAUGAUGGCCAUGACCGUGGCUCUCAUCGUACUGGGCAUCGUUCAGCUGUCCACUGACAGCAUCAAGGUCCUGGAUGCCUUUGUCAGUGUUCUGUUCGUCAUGCUGAUUGUGGCCAUACCGAUACAGGCGCAGUUCUGUCACGGCCGCAUGGAGUACUUUCAGGUGGUUCCACGCCUACAUCAGAUGGUCAGCAUUCUGACGCUCUACCUCUCAUCUGUGAUGUUCUUCUGCUGCCUGCUGUACUUUACAGUGGCUACGGAUCGUCAUGAAACAGUGACAACUGAAGCGACAACAGAGCACAUAUAUAGUUAG